AUGGCUAGAGGGAGGCGGGGAUGGGCUGGGGGAGCCCACAGAGGUCCUGCGGGGCCCUUGGGAGCCCUUACUCUGGCUGCAUUGGCUGAGGAUAUCCAGAUCAGCCGACAGGGGAUUGGACCCAGUCAAGGUCAGCCCCCCCAGGAGUCUGAGAGCCCUGCUGAACCAGUCACUGCACCAAGGACAGAGAGUGUGGAACCUGAUGCUGCCACUGGGGUGCUGAGGAAUGAGCCCCACUCUCCAAAGGCUUCAGACCCUGAGCCCCAGCCCUGGGAGCCUGAACAGCAUCCUCAAUGCCUUCUGGUCCCUGGUUCCUUGGCAGAUUUUGCUGUUCAAACUGUGGUCUGCCUUGAGGAUGCUGGUAUCUCGGGGACCCAGGCCUUGGCCUUCAGUCUCUCCUCAGCCUUGGAGGCUCAGGGUGGACAGCUCCCAGAAAAGGUACGGGAGGUGGUCCAGGGACUGCAUGGACAGAUGGCCCAGUUCUUGGAAGGCAGGCCAAGGAGGGUGGCCCUGAGGGCACUUUGCUCAUUGGCUGCAGAACACACACAUGAAGUGGUCCAGACCCUAUUGUCUCACUCUCUGCCCUGUGACAGUGCGGCAGCUGAGUUGUGGCGAGGUUUGAGCCGGAACCAGAGGGUGAAUGGGCUGGUCUUGGUGCACCUGCUGCAGGAGGUAAAGGGCACACCCCAGAUCCAGGACCCCAGCCCCAGCUCCAGCCCAGGCCUCAGUCCCCAGGCAGUCAAGCCCCAAGCCCAGGCAUUGGCUGCCACAAGAGCACUAGGAGAGAUGUUGGCGGUGUCAGGAUGUGUGGCCGCCACAAGGGGCUUCUACCCACAAGUGCUCAUUGCACUAGUUACACAGCUGCACCAGCUAGCCUGGUGUGCCCACUCCCCCCAAGUUCAAGUGAAGGUCCGGGGUCCUCCCCCCAACCAUGCUAGCUGUGCUGUGGAAGCUUUGAAAGCCCUGCUCAAUGGGGACGGAGGUCGAAUGGUGGUGACCUGCAUGGAUCAGAGUGGGGGCUGGAGGCGCCUUAUAGGAUCCGGGACCCAUCUGGAGGGUGUCCUCCUGCUGGCCAGUGCCCUGGUGGCUCAUGCUGACCACCACCUGCGUGGGCUCUUUGCAGACCUACUUCCACGGUUACAAAGCACAGAUAAAGCCCGGCGCCUGACAGCUAUGGCCUUCUUCACUGGGCUUCUUCAGAGUCAGCCCACGGCAAAGCUACUGAGAGAUGAAGCCAUUGUGCAGCGUCUGACUGCCUGGCAGGUGGAUCCUGAGCCCACUGUGCGCUGGCUUGGCCUCCUGGGCCUGGGCCACUUGGCCCUGAACCGCAGAAAGGCGCGGCACGUGGGGACGCUGCUCCGGGCUCUGCUGGGCGCGCUCGGCGAGGCGGACACGCGGCUGGUGGGGGCGGCCCUGGGCGCGCUCCGGAGGCUCCUGCUGAGGCCCGUGGCUCGGGCGCGCGUGAGCGCGCAAUGCACCAGCCUGGGCUCGCGCCUGAGGCCGCUACUGGACCACGACCAGGAUUCUGUCCGUGCCUCAGCCAUCGGGCUCCUGGGCACCUUAGUGGGUCGUUGCUCCCCGCGGCGCGCUAGGGCGGUGCGUGAGCUGGUGAUGGGCAGCCUGGUGACCCUGUUGCUACGCCUGCAAGACCCGAGCCUGGAUGCUGCCGAGAGUGCAGAGUGGACUUUAGCUCGUUGUGACCGAUUCCUGCGCUGGAGGCUCCUGGAAGAGAUCUCAGCCAUGGUUCAUUAUGACAGCCCAGAGGCUCUAAGCCGCACGUGCAGACGACUGGCACAGUGGUACCCUGGCAGAGCCUCUGACUUCUUGAGCCAGGCCCAGGGCUACCUGAAGAGUCCCCAGAUGCCCAUUCGCCGGGUGUCAGCCAUGUUCAUAGGGUUUCUGAUCCAUCACAUGGACCCUGAUUGUGUCAACCCUGGCCUGGUGGACUCACUGCUCCAUGACCUUGGGGAAAUGCAGUGGGGCGAGCCUUGCAUUCGAGACGUCUCCCACAUCACCAUGCACCAAGUACGGCUAGUGUGCCGGGACCAGGACUCCCCUGGACGUGGCAGCUUCUCCCCUUGGAAGCUGUUGUGCUGCUGGGGCCACCACCAAGAGCGGGAGAUACCCAUCUAUGAGGACAGCCCUUUCAAGCCUAGGAGCCGGGCUGGCCUCUGGGGGUGUGGGGGGCCUUCCUGAGCUGCCUCCCAGCUCUGUUUGGAAGAGCAUUGUUCAUCCAAGGAAGCAAGGUCCCUUGCUCUUGCCCAGACCUCACCUAGGUAUUAACAACCCAGGCAUGGAAAUGGUUUCCUUAAACCCUUCAUGGGGGGAACCUUCCCAGGUGUAUCUGACUGGUAGCCUGUUCCUGGGGGAAGGGUGGAGCCCCUGGACAUUUGUCUCUUUGAUGUGAUGUCUUUAGGAUGGUCACAGCCAACUGAGGGGUGUCUCUCAGACUUUCUCAUUGUUACUUCCUGGCCCCAGAAGAUCAUGUAAACCAGGAACCCAUCAUCCCUUAAUGUAUCCAGCCUAUGUCCCAAGCUGUUUAUGUCAAACCCUCUCCAGGGGAAGUGGGUAUUCCUUCUCCCUACCUUCCCCUUCCCCAAAUGGAGAGGUUUCUCCUACCUGUGUCUUUUUGACUGAUAGAGGAAUUCCCACCUGGCCCUGAGAGGUGGGGCUCCCAAAGAGGAGGCAUGAGGGUAUCUCCUCUCUCCUUAGUGAAGGGAAGGCUGGAGGCAGGGACAGGGAGAGAUCACAGGGAAGCCAAAUGCUACCUCAUAUCCCAGCCCUUCAAUAGCUCCUGUAACCCAAUCCUUGUCCUCUGUCCUACUCCCUUCCAAAGUGAUCUGUACAUGGCAGAAAGCCUGAGGAAGGAGACAGCCCUGGGUUCUAGUCCCAGCUCUGCCAUAACUAGCAGCAUGACCUUUGUCAUUUGCCCUCUCUGAUUGACAGCUCUUUUGUAAAACGGAGACAGUAGUUCCUACCUCUUGGAUAGAGAGUUGUUGGGAGGAAAGUGCUUUGUAGACGAUGAAGCUAUAGAAUGAACGAGAGCUCCCAUCCCUCAUCAGUCUGGGGCAUCAGGCACAGCCCAGGGGACCCAGGCCAUAGAGAGACCCCAGCAUGAGGGCAAGCUAGCUUUCCCUCUGUCUGAUCUCCUAGCACUUUAUAGACAGACUCUUUUGAUGCACUGAUUGAUAGCAUUUAGAUAUUUUUGAUUUCUCUGCUGACGUGCCUUACCUAUUAAGCUGUAAGCUCUUGGAGGGCAGGGGCUCCAUCUUAUUCCUUUCUGCCCCCACCCCUCCACUAAGCAUGUUCCCCCUCCUCUGUAAAAUGAGAAGAAUACUUGCAUUACCUAUCUCAUGGGGUUGUUGUGAGGAGGGUACCCUGUAAGUCCUAAACGGGAUAGCAAUGGGAGUGGUUGCUUUUAUUAUUGUUGGAUGAUGAAUAGAUGUCUGUUGAAUGAAUGAAGAACAGAAGAGUAAGUACAUAAAGUGAGUAAGAGACCAUGGGUUUAGGGCCAGGCAGUGUCAGACAAGAAAGGAGCUGUUUCUCCUGAAUUGAGAGCAACCCCUAGAUCUGAAUGUACCUUUCAUUAGGGCCAUUUUCCACCCUGUUGUCUGGCAAGUACUUCCCUGCAAGCCUCUCCCAACUCUCCUGCCAUCAUUUCCCCAAUAUUCCACCUCUUGGUGGAACCUGUUGCUCUGGGAACCUGUCAUCAGAUCUAUAGCUACUGCUUCUGAAAAGGGGGUCAACUGACUGCGCUACUGUUCCCCUUACCAGCCUUGUGCCUUCCCAGACCAAACAUCCCUCUGUGGCCACCACUCUUUUACGUGUGAUGUCUCCCCCUAUAAAAUGUAAACUCCUGGAGGGUAGGGCCUGUGUCAUUUUUGUAUUUGUAU